AUGGCCUCGAGCGAAGCGAUGACAGCUCUCUCCCCCUACGUGCCCGGUACGCGCGCCUGGUUCACUGACAAGGACCUUGGCUGGAUCUCUGCCACGCAGUCUGGCAAAGUGGGCGUCAACGAAGCGACAGGGGAAGUCACCAUUGAAUUCACCCUGGACGACGAUGAGUCGCAGCGAGUGGUCAAGACGUCACUGGAGAAGCUGCGUGGGAAGCAACGUGACGAGCAGCUGCCACCUCUGAGGAAUCCGCCGUUGCUUGAAGCGACCGACGACUUGACGAAUCUGUCCUAUCUCAAUGAGCCGGCGGUUCUGCACGCCAUCCUCAGCCGCUACUCGCAGCGCCUCAUCUACACUUACUCGGGCAUCGUGCUCAUCGCCGUCAACCCCUUCUUCGCCCUCAACCUCUACAGCCCCGAGAUCAUCCAAGCCUAUUCUGGCAAGCGUCGAGGCGAGCUCGAGCCUCACUUGUUUGCCAUCGCAGAGGACGCUUAUCGUUGCAUGAUCCGCGAUGAAAAGGACCAGACCAUCGUCGUCAGCGGCGAGUCAGGGGCGGGAAAGACUGUUUCGGCCAAGUACAUCAUGCGCUACUUUGCUACGGUGGAAGACCCAGAUCGGCCAGGCAGCAGGAGGGCAGCAGCGAACAGCGCUGCCCAGGCCAGUGGGACUGCUUCUUCGUCGGCGGCAGCCAGCAUGAGCGAAACGGAGAGGCAGAUUUUGGCUACGAACCCCAUUAUGGAGGCAUUUGGUAACGCCAAGACUACGAGGAACGACAACUCGUCGCGAUUCGGCAAGUACAUCGAGAUCCUCUUCGACCGAAACCAUGAGAUUGUUGGGGCCAAGAUUCGUACAUACCUACUGGAGCGAUCUCGUCUCGUCUACCAGCCAGAAAAUGAGCGCAACUACCACAUCUUCUACCAGCUCUGCGCUGGUGCACCGGCCUCGGAGCGCAAAGAGCUCGGCCUCGAUGACGCUUCCAAGUUCCACUACCUCAAUCAAGGAGGCAACAAGACGAUCACGGGAGUUGACGAUGCGAAGGACUUUAAGGAGACACAACAAGCGCUGGGCACCGUUGGCCUUACCGUCGAGCGCCAGUGGUCAAUCUUCCGACUCCUCGCAGCGCUGCUGCACUUGGGCAACGUCGAGAUUGGCGCCACCCGCAAUGACGCCAUGCUUGCGCAGGACGAGCCCAGUCUCUUCAUCGCUGCGAAGCUCCUCGGAAUUGACCUGGCCGAGUUCCGAAAGUGGACCGUCAAGAAGCAAAUUGUCACCCGCGGCGAGAAGAUUGUCUCCAACCUCACGCAGGCUCAAGCCGUCGUCGUGCGCGACUCAGUAGCCAAGUACGUCUACUCAUGCCUCUUCGAAUGGCUCGUCGACCAGCUCAACCACAGCCUCGCGCUGGGUUCUGCAGACGCCCGCAAGUCCAUGAUCGGUGUGCUGGACAUCUAUGGAUUUGAGCGCUUCAAGGUGAACUCCUUCGAGCAGUUCUGCAUCAACUACGCAAACGAGCGACUGCAGCACGAGUUUAACAGGCACGUCUUCAAGCUCGAGCAGGACGAGUACAUGGCAGAAGAGAUUUCGUGGACUUUCAUUGACUUCUCGGACAAUCAGCCUACAAUCGACAUGAUUGAGAGCAGGCUAGGUAUCUUGUCGUUGCUCGACGAGGAGAGCCGCCUGCCCUCGGGUGCGGAUGCGUCUUUCCUUCAGAAGCUCUACACACAGAUGGAGCGCAAGCCCGAGUACAAGAAUUCGUUCAAGAAGCCGCGAUUCGGGCAGAGCGCCUUCACUGUUUGCCACUACGCCCUCGACGUCGAAUACGAAGUGGAGGGCUUCCUGGAAAAGAAUCGCGAUGCCGUGCCGGACGAGCAUCUCACGCUUCUCGGCGCCACAACGAGCAACUUCCUCAAGGAGGUCCUCGAGACGGCCACGCAGCUCGCUAACGCCGCCAAGGAGCAGCCGUCUGCGACCGCUGCUGACGGAGAGAAGACAGCUGCUGCUGCUGCGGUCCGUCGCCCGGGCGCAGGCAUCGUCAAGAAGCCGACGCUCGGAUCACAGUUCAAGGCGAGCUUGGUAUCGCUCAUGACCACGAUUGAUGCGACCAACGUCCACUAUAUCCGCUGCAUUAAGCCCAACGAGGCCAAGAGGGCCUGGGAGGUCGAGCCGCAGAACGUCCUCGGUCAGCUACGAGCCUGCGGUGUGCUCGAGACGAUCCGUAUCUCGUGCGCCGGGUACCCUUCGCGCUGGACUUUCGCCGAUUUCGCAGAGCGCUAUUACAUGCUGGUCCCCUCGGCUCAUUGGGACAUGACCAGUCUCGAGAAGGCCAAGGAGCUCGCGGCGUAUAUCCUCAAGACUUGCGUAGAUGACGCAGACAAGUACCAGAUUGGUCUCAACAAGAUCUUCUUCCGCGCCGGCAUGCUGGCACAAUUUGAGCAGCGUCGUGGUGACCGACUCAAGAGCCUCGUAACGCUCAUUCAGAAGAACUUGCGCCGCAACAUACAGAUGCGCAAAUACGGCACCAUGCGAUCUUCAAGUGUCAAGCUUCAGUCCUGGUGGAGAAUGCAGGCGGCCAAGAAGCAGGUCAAUGGCAUGCGCCAGCAGAAAGCAGCCGUGCUUCUCCAGACGGCCUUGCGCGCUUGGCUCGCCCAGCAGUCGUACCGCCAGACCCUCGCAGCCGUUGUGCGCAUCCAGUCUCUGGCUCGUGGCAGGGCAACUCGCUCCAGGUUUGCCGACACCCGCGUCACUUCGGCCGCUGUACGCCUGCAAAGCCUCUUCCGAGGUUUGCUCGCCCGACGUCAAUUCCUGUCCCAGCGUAAGGGCAUCGUACUUCUCCAAUCCCUGCACCGCCGCCGCCUCGCAAAGCGCGAACUCAUCAGCCUACGCAACGAGGCCAAGUCCGCCAAGCACUUCAAGGAGGUCACGUACAAGCUCGAGAACAAGGUCGUCGAGCUCACUCAAAACCUGCAGAAGCGCACAAAGGAGAACAAGGAGCUCGUUGCGCGUGUGCGAGCCUUGGAGGCAAGCAUUGCAGAGUGGCAGGGCAAGCACGAGGAGUUGGAUGUCAAGUCGAGAGGACUACAAACCGAGCUGGACAAGCCGAGCGUUCCAUUGCCAGAGUUUGAGGCCCUCAUCGCCGCGAAGAAGCAGUUGGACGAGCAGCACGACGCGGCGAGGCGGCAGAUUACGGUCCAUGAGGAGAAGAUCGCUGGCCUUGAGGAGGAGGUACGACGUGGCGCGGAGGAGCUCGAGGCUAGGGAAAGUGCCCUGAGCAAGCGCGAGGACGAGGACAAUACCACUGCGACUUCCCUUCGUGCGGAGAUCAGCAAGCUGCGCGAGGAGCUCGCCCGCGCUCAUUCUCUUGCGCAGCUCAGUGGUACAAGCAAUGGUGAGCCCGCAGGUGGCGCCGCAGCUACACGCGACUUCAACGGCUUGUACGAUCUCACGAUGGGCAAGGAGCCUACUAGCGCGACGACUGCCAACGGCAGCGGUCGGCGAGCACAACGUCCGCGCUCGGCGGACGUUGCACCUGGUGGUAAUGUGCGCAAAGCUCAAGCGGCCGCCAAUCGUCACGUCUCCGUCAUGCCACCUCAGCAGCUUAUGGACCGCGACGAGGAUGCCGUCGUGGAGGAGAUUGAGUCCAUCCUGCUUGACGAGGCUCAGCUGGACGAGGACCUUCUGCAAGGCCUCAUCCAACAGCUCCGUGUGCCCAUGGGCGACGACAUUUCGCCCAAGGAGUGCCUCUUCCCUUCGCACCUCAUCGCAUUGGUUCUCAACGAGUACUGGCUGCGCAGCAUGAUCCGCCCCUCAGAGCGCGUGUUGGCGAACGUGAUGCAGACGAUCCAGACGCACGUCAUGAGCUUGGAGGGAGACGAGCUGGUUACGCAGGCCAUCUACUGGAUCUCGAAUGUCCACGAGCUCCUGUCGUUCGUCUCUGUUGCAGAGAGCGACCUCCUUGCAGGCAUAACGCCCGGGGACAAUGACCAAGCAUUUGGCGACUAUGAGCGCCUCAUCGUGCUGGCAAAGCACGAUCUCGAGUCGCUGGAGUACAACAUCUACCACACUCUCAUCGACAACACCAAGCGUCGCCUCCACAAGAUGGUCGUGCCAGCCGUCAUUGAGUCGCAGUCGCUUCCCGGUUUCAUCGAGAACUCGAGCGGUCGUCUGUUCAAUCGUCUCAUCUCGAGCGCGACCAACGCUGCACCGGCCUAUACGAUGGAUGACGUGCUCAAUAUCCUCAACACAGUCUGGCGCGCCCUCAAGACGUAUUACCUCGAGGCUGCCGUGGUUCACCAGGUGGUCACAGAGCUCAUGCGCCUCAUCAACUCGACGGCAUUCAAUGACCUGGUGCUGCGUCGCAGCUUCUGCUCGUGGAAACGGGCGAUGCAGAUUCAGUACAACAUCACGCGUAUCGAGGAGUGGUGCAAGACCAAGGGUAUCCCAGAGGCGAUGCUCCAGCUUGAGCACCUUUCCCAGUCGGUUAAGCUGUUGCAACUGAAGAAGAGCACCGUCGACGACGUGAGCAUCAUCUUCGAUGUCUCUUGGAUUCUUUCCCCCUCGCAGAUCCACAAGCUCCUCGCCUCCUACCACACGGCAGAGUACGAGCAGCCGAUCUCGCAGGAGAUCCUCAAGGCAGCUGCAGCGAGGGUUGUGCCAAACGAUAGGAACGAUCACUUGCUCCUCCCGCCAGAGGUGGAUGAGGCUGGUCCGUAUGAACUACCGAUGCCGAGGGAGGUGACGGGGAUCGAGACGUACAUUCCGUCAUUUAUUCAGGCGCCGAGCUUGAGAAAGCUAAGCUCCUUGGUUGCGUGA